CUUCAAAGAGUUUUGCUCUCUUUCAUUUUUGCCGCUCUAGGCCAUUAGCCCUCUGUGGUUUUGCAUCCCGGAAGCGCCAACAGAGCAAGUGAACUAGGAAGUGUGUGCGACGUGUGAGGUUGGAGCCGGGUUCGAGGGAGAGUUUGCGUCAGAACGACAAGGCCCCCUCCUCUUCCUCCCCCCUCCACACCUUCCCCCCUUCCACACCUUGGUUUUGCCCACGUCACGUCUUUCCUGGGCAGCCCCGCCCCUUCGAGUUUAAGUAGAGCUGUCAAUCCCCCCCCCUGUCUCCCUUUCUCACCCCCCACCCACCCUCCAUCGGGCAUGGCUUCCACCACCUCUUUUGGUUCCAAUUGGGGCCUCAUCAUGAAUAUCGUGAACAGCAUUGUUGGGGUCAGCGUGCUAACGAUGCCCUUCUGCUUUCGACAGUGUGGCAUCUUUCUGGGAGCUCUGCUGCUUAUUUUCUGCUCCUGGAUGACUCAUCAAUCCUGUAUGUUCCUAGUGAAAUCGGCCAAUCUCAGCAAACGGAGAACCUAUCCUGGGCUAGCCUUCCACGCCUAUGGAAAACUUGGGAAAAUGCUUGUGGAAACCAGUAUGAUUGGACUGAUGCUAGGAACCUGCAUUGCUUUCUAUGUUGUUAUUGGAGACUUGGGAUCAAACUUCUUUGCCCGGUUGUUCGGGCUCCAGGUGAGUGGCUGGUUCCGGAUAGUCCUGCUUUUUAUCGUAUCCCUCUGCAUAGUGCUUCCGUUGAGUCUCCAGAGGAACAUGAUGGCGUCCAUACAGUCCUUCAGUGCCAUGGCUCUGAUCUUUUACACGGUGUUUAUGUUUGUGAUCGUGCUCUCUGCUUUCAAACACGGCCUUUUUGGAGGGCAGUGGCUGCAGCGGGUCAGUUACGCACGCUGGGAGGGCAUUUUUCGCUGCAUUCCUAUCUUUGGCAUGUCUUUCGCCUGUCAGUCCCAGGUCUUACCAACCUACGAUAGUCUGGAUGAACCAUCAGUUAAAAUCAUGAGCUCCAUAUUUGCCUCGUCGCUACAUGUGGUCACUACCUUUUACGUUAUGGUGGGGUUCUUUGGCUAUGUGAGCUACACUGGAAACAUUGAGGGCAAUGUACUCAUGAACUUUCCCUCCAAUGUGGUGACAGAGAUGAUACGUGUGGGGUUCAUGAUGUCUGUGGCAUUUGGGUUUCCUAUGAUGAUUCUGCCGUGCCGGCAGGCACUGAAUACCCUUCUCUUUGAACAGCAGCAAAAAGAUGGGACAUUUGCUGCAGGAGGUUAUAUGCCACCUCUCCGAUUUAAAGCCCUGACCCUAGCAGUUGUGUUUGGAACCAUGGUUGGUGGCAUCAUGAUCCCAAAUGUGGAGACCAUCUUGGGCCUAACAGGUGCAACAAUGGGAAGCCUCAUCUGUUUUAUCUGUCCAGCUCUUAUUUACAAGAAAAUCCACAAGAAUGCCCUUUGCUCACAGAUCAUAUUGUGGAUCGGCUUGGGCGUAUUGGUCAUUAGCACCUAUACCACGUUAUCAGUAACUGAAGACAUUCCAGCAAAAAUCGAAGCUGUAGAACCAGGCAAACUACCAGGAGAACUAAAUAAUGUAUUGGAUCAGGACCCUGUGAAAAUCCCAGAUGAGAAACCUGCAAUUGAAGAAGUGGCUGAUGAUCGAGACAAACCCAAAUUGCAGAAAGAAAAAGAAGAGUUGGAACAGGCACAGAUCAAUGUGCCCAUUGAUGUGCCAGAGAGAAAAGAGAAGGAGAAACCAAAGGAAGAGGUGCAACUGGAUCGGCCGGAUCAAGGCAUUGCACAGCCUGUAGGAGAAGCCCACCGCCAUGAGCCACCAGUGCCACAUGAUGAGGUAGUGGUGGAUGAGGGCCAGGACCAUGAGGAGCCUGAAGGCAAGCAGCCACCAGCCAACCAUGAUGUUCUGGUGGAGGGGAAUCCUGCCUUGGGGAAGGAGCAGGUACAGUCUAAGCCUGUUCCUGAACAAGCAAGGGGGGAAGGUGGCCAGAAAAAGAUGGAGGACCAGCCAGUAAAAGACUUAAAGCCUCUUGCACGUGACGAUGAACAUCCCCCUUACAAAGACUUUCCGCUGGACAAGCAGGGUGGGAGGAGAGACAAGGCUGUAGGUGAGAAGGAUGGUGCCAAUCUGCAGCUAGCUGAACACUUGAAGGAAAGGAUAAAAUCUGUUGAGAAUGAGAUUGAAACAGGUGAAAAAAAGGAACUGCUUCCUCCAGAGAGGCCAGAACCAGCUCAAGCUGAGCAGAGGGAGAUUCAUAAUGCAGAGGAGAAUGCAGAGAGCAAGCUGGAGGAAGCUGGAAAGGAGAAGCUACUAGACCAUGCGGCCCUGUUGGAAGUGAUUAAGGAACAGCAGGUUCAGCAGAAGCAGCUCUUAGAUCAGCAGGCAAAGCUGCUGGCCGUAAUUGAGGAACAGCACAAGGAGAUCCAUCAGCAGAGGCAAGAGGAGGGAGGAGAGGAAAAGCCAAAGCAAGAAAUACACCAGGAACCUGGUCUGCUUCUCCCCAAUAGUAAGGAAAGAGAGGAAGGUCUUGAAGAUAAAUUUGAAGAAGUUGGAAAGAAUAUACCUAAUGAUAAACUGGAUCAUCCUCUGCAUGGGCUUGACAACCACCCCCUAGAUUCUAAUGGGCAGGAAAGAGAGCAGGCCACAGGGUCAGAAGAACUGAAGCACAUAAACAGCAAAUUAAUUGAAACUCCACCUAAAAACCCCACUGCUCAUCUAAGUGAUGGUGAGAAAAUAUCACAGCACCAAGCUGGGAAAAACCAAGCCAGGAAGUUGAUGGAGCCAGUCAGAAGUGAUUCACAGAUAGCCAGGGCUGAUGGAUAUCACCAGGAAAAGCAACCAAAGGUUGAGGGGUUUAAAGAAGGCCAAGACACUCAAGUGGCACAAAAUGCCCAGGCAAAGAUCAAGAAUGCCCAGAAAACUGAUGAAGUUGCGGAAAGAGCUGUAGGCCAAAGAGAGGUGCCUGACGCAGCCAAAGUUCAUGCAGCUGUUGGGAAGAUUCCUCAAAGAGUCUCUGAGAGAGAGCCACUUGCCAAAGGGGCGAAUAUAGAAGAACCCCAUUAUCAAGAACAGCAAGCAGAUUCUGCCCAUAAGCCAAAGGUUUCUGUAAACAUGCAAGAGAACCUGGAGGUCCCAGGAGUUGUGAAGGUUGAGAAAGUUAUAGAGGAACAGACCUUACCUUUCGGCCAGAUGGGUAAACUACAGGGCCAGGGGGGCAGUACUAGAGAGAGAAUGGCAGCUGGAGCCCACAGCCCACAGCUGAAUCAUGCCAAGGAGGUAGGGCUGGAUUUGGAGAAAAAGCUAAAAGAACCAGAGAAGUUGGAGGAGUCUGAGCGCGAUCCUGUCAUAAAGCCAGAGCAGGCUAGGCCUGCCCCCAGGGAACAUGAAAACGCUAAACCUAACAGAGACCUCAAGGUGAAAGCUGACCUAGACCUGCGCCGUAGGAGAAGAGACCUCGAGGAAGAAGAGGGGGAGACAGGGGGUGUGAUAAUUAGACUUAACCCCCUCCCAGAUGUGAAAGUCAAUGACCUCCGUAGCGCGCUGGAGACUCGGUUAAAUCAGGUGGCAGAAGGUGCCCAGCAAAUACUUCAUAGUCGACAGAUUAAACAGAUGCCAGUAACAGAGGAGGAGGUGUGAGAGACCAAGCCUUUGUACUAUUGAGACCAAAUGUAGGGGGCUGAGCUAACUGCAGUUGGGGACGUAACUGUUGGCAGUCUUAAAUCAGCAAGGUGUAUGUGGACUGGACACUGAUGACUGGACACAUUUUGGCCUGCAUAUGCUUGAGGGAAGGAAAAAUUCCAUUGCUGCCAGCCAGUUUCAUACUUCAAUGCUGUAACACCCUCCCUCUCUUCAUUGUGCCGGUGGCUGACCUGCAGAGGACUUUGGAGAAUGCUUUGUGUUUGCCACAUUUCCAAAGAAGCAUUUGCAUUUUAUUCUUGCUCAGUUGCCUUUAACUGUUUGCUUUAGUUUCCAUGUUUGGAAUUAGAGCUUGCUUUCAUGCUUUAUCAUUUGAUCUUGUUGAAAUCUGUCUCUCUGUGUGUACUUUGCAUCCCUUAAAUCAGGAAUGGGGAGCCUGUGACCUCCAGCUGUUGUUGGACUCCAGCUCCCAUCGUAAGCAGUGAACAGGGAUGAUGGGAGUUGCAGUCCGGCACCAUCUUGAGGGCCCCAUGUUCCCAACCUGUCUUAAAUUGAGAUUCUUCUGUUCUACCCUUCAGGGAAUGGGUCGAUCUACCUUCGGAAAUAAGUUUUGUAAGUGUCUUAAAUGGGAAGAUGUUCCAUCAGUUAAAAUGGGUCCAGGGAAACAGAGCAAGUUAGUGUUGGAUUUAUUCUUCAACAAGCUCAUCAGCUGCUGUUCUGAUGCUGUCAGGGGUCCACAUUAGCAAUAAAGGUUGGCCGUCCUUUAUGGAACCAUACUGUGCAUGAAAACUCUGCAACUCGCUGCAAGAGGAAGCAAUGUUUGAAAGCAAAAGGAAGGGAUUUCAAGGAACUAUUAUCAAAGUGGGCCAGCCUGCAUCUACCUCUCUCCUCCAUUUGGUGAGUGCUGCAGUGUUUUUAAAGCUACCCCCACCCCUUCCAGUUCUUCAAGCAGUUGUGAAAUGUAGUUCUGAUCACUGACUCAUAGCUCAUACACUAGAGUUGUCUUGUUUCAGGCCUCCUGGUAGGGAUUGUUGCAUUGGCUGUUAACAAAUUAUAUGGCAAAACUGAGGUUUUGACUCUUGGAUGCACCUAACAGCUGAUGGCAUUGGCCCAUCUAAGAUUCUCUAGGCUGCAGAAAUAAUAGAUUUUGGCACUAUAGGAGCAUUUUGCUAUGAACAAGCAAAAUCCUUGAGUCUGUAAAUUGGCCUCUUUUAACAGUCUAUUUUUCUAGAACAAGUAUGGGUUCAGGGUACAGAAAUACUAGUGACGGCAUUGCUAUUAAGAAGUAGCCUGUCCUGACAAAUGGGAUGGAGUUGGAUCCUGCCUUUACCAUAUCUUGCCUGUGAAAUGUUUGAUGUGUUUCCAUUAAAGGAGACAGAGAAAUGUGGCUGGUUCCACUUGCCUACUUUCAGAAGCAUUUUGCCUUGUCAUAAGUAUGAUUGUCAUUGUAGCCUUAAUCUUCAGAAGACUCACUAGCUUAGUUUGGACAUAUCACUAAACCAUAGUUUAGUGUUACGAGAACAAGCCUAAGCAAGCCUUGAAUGCGUACACUUCCCUCCCACAGUGUGACUUUUUUCUUUUUUUAAGUUUAAACAAAGGUUGCUAUGUUAUCUGAACAAAUUGUGGUUAAUCGUAACUGUGGUUUGUUGAAACAACCAAUUUCAAAUAAGCCACAAACUAUAGUUAAGAUUAACCAGAGUAGGAUUCAGAUUAAACAUUAAAGCAGGGGUAGCCAAUGUGGUGCCCUUUAGAUGUUUUGGACUCCCAACUCCCAUCAGCCCCACUCAGCAUGGCCAAUGGUCAGGGAUGCUGAAAGUUGUACAUCUGGAGGGCACCAGGUUGGCUACCGUGCAUUAAACUGUAGUUAAUCUAGAAGAGGAUGAUUCUGAUCUCAUCCUUACCAGAGGUAGGGGAGCUUGUAAUCGCAAGGCUCACUGCAGCUUUUUCUCAUACCCAUGGUUUUAGCAUUACAUGCAAACUACCUCUGAGUAGUGCUGCUCAAAUCACAAUUAAGCCACAGUUGGGAUAGCAUCACUUCAGUUUUGUGUUUAAAUAAAAGGGAUUAUAUAUUUGUAUGAUCUCUUUAUGUAGUAUGUUGCUUUAAUGUUAAAGGGCUAUGCAGGUGUCCAGUGAAUGUCCCAUCAGCCUUUUUCUGACUAAAGGUGAUGUAACUGCUCUGUAACUAAAGGACCAAAGAUACUUCCACCAAUGCUGCCUAGAGCAACUGGAUUUUAACCAAGCCAUCUCCAAGCAACUAUGGAAAAGGAGAUACAGGGAAGGAGGCAGUGCAUUUAAGCUGGAAUUCAUUCCUUGCUGCCAGAGCACAAGGUCCAAUUUGCAAACAGGAUUAUGGCCAGGCUGCACAGGCAAAUAAAAUAAAUGCAAGCAUUUUUAACUGGA